UUGGACCUCGUUAAAAAGAUUAAUAAAGCUGGUGCAUUGUGCUGCUCGUUCAGAAGUCUACUAAUCGUUGCAGUCAAUAAUCUUGCCCUUCACUUUUUAGCACAAAAUGUAGAUUGUGGUGAUAUCAAGGAUAUUGAGCUAUCAGACCUGAAGUUUAUCUACAAGAGUAUUGGAUGCAAACCUGUUACUAGUGUUGAUCACUUUCUACCUGAAACGCUUGCACAUUAUGUACUUGUAGAAGAAGUCGUUGCCGGAACCAGAAAGGCUGUUAAAUUAACCUGGUAAGGCAGUAUAACAGUUUUAGUGAGCGGCUCUAAUAAGCUGGUAAUAGAAGAGGCAGAGAAAUCAAUUCAUAAUGCCUUGUGCGUCAUCCGUUGUCUCAUCAAAAACAAGGCACUCAUAGCCAGAGGCGGAGCACCCGAGAUCGAGGUUGCCUACUGUUUGAUGAAAUACUCAAGAACCAUAUCCUAUAUGGAAGCUUACUGUGUAAGGGCUUUUGCAGAGGCCAUGAUAGUGAUUCCUUCAACUCUGGCAGAGAAUACAGGACUUAACCCCUUCUCAGUAGUCACAGUUCUCAGAAACCGACAUGCCCAUGGUGAAACUGCUGUGGGCAUCAAUGUUUGAAAGAUGUUACCAAUACAUGUUUGUUUUAUUUUUUAUUUUAGCCAUAUUUAAAGAGGGUCGACUAAUGUUCUUAACAGAAUUCAAACACAUUUGAGAAUUUGUGAAAAGUUUAUCUAGAUAUUCCCCAUCAUAAGAGCUUGUUUGAAUCUGAAGCAAUAGGGGGCAUAUGCGAGAAGUUUACCAA